GCCGGCUAACUUACCUCUUCUUUAGGGUUUGUGCCUUCCCCCCAAUCCCUCACAACGCAGCCGCCACAAAACCCUUCUCCCCGCGCGCGCGCCCUCCGCUCCUUCCUCCGCCCAGCUGCCCGCCGCUCGUUCGCCACCGCCACCGCCGCCGCCGCCGCUGCGUCGAUCGAAGAUGUAUCUCCAGUACUACAUCAACGAGAAGGGGGACAAGGUGUACACCACCAAGAAGGAAUCUCCUCUCGGUGUUCCCACGCAGUCUGCUCACCCAGCUCGCUUCUCUCCAGAUGACAAGUACUCACGCCAGAGAUACCUGUUGAAGAAGAGAUUCGGGUUGCUGCCAACCCAAAAGCCAGCACCAAAGUACUGAAGGAGAAACCUCGGACCACCAUGUUCCAUGGAUCCCUCGAAGCGAAUCAGUCUUGCCUACCUCGCUAUUUACCUGUAUCACUCAAAUGAUCUGAUGUAUCGCGAUGCUAUCUACGAAUCGUACUUCCUCUCGACCAUAUUAGUAUGAUCAUGAAAGUCAUUCAGGUGUCUUCGCAUGUUCUGAACUGUUGGCAUGAUUAUAAUCUAAAAAGUAUGAAUCUAGACUGUUACUAGUAUAUUGUCACCUUUGUGCUAUUAGGAAAUCAUAUGGUGGUUAGCUGAUAAAGCAAGGAAGCAAUAACUGCCAUUUUAUUCAACUGAGCAAUAACUGAACA